AUGAGAAAGAUAGAAGUGACUCCGGUAAAGGAACGGUAUACCGGAGGCCGCGCUGAUGCGAGUGAAGAAGCGCCGUCAGUGCGACUCGAGAGAGUGUGUGCUCACAUGUGUGUGUGUGUAACAAUCAAAUUUCCAUAAUGAGUUUAUGAGAGGAGAAGAAAUAUUGGGAGAAAAGUUAAUUAUGGACACGAGUCCAAAUCGUAUUUGGCCGCGGCCCAGAGCAAGGCGGACUUGUCUGAGGAGUCGACGGUUCAGACCGGAGCCAUUGUUGGCCCGGGUUUCUCGAGCUUCCGACAGUCUUACCUGGGAGAUGGUCGACGAGUUGGAGCUCAAACCGUCGCUCAUGGUGCCUGGCGAGGAAGCUGGCAAAUGCAUGAAUGCGCGACCAGACGCCGUCUGGCUACAGUAGCUGGGCGGACCCUCUGCAGCCCGCUCGUUCUCUCGGCAGGUGGCUCAACGCUCCGCCUUCUCAACCGCUGCCCCAAGGGCUCGCGACGUGCUUGAUUGGCCGCUUCAGGCAGCACAGCACCCACAAAUUCGAUUACAAUUUUUCAUCGACGUGUGUGUGA